CCGGCCCGCGGCUAUUUGAGAGCGCGCGGCGGCGCGGGUUCGGCCCGUCCAGGCUCUGGCCCGGCUGCUCUCCCGCCAUGGACACCCGGCCGGCCGCGCACCUCGUCCUGCUCCUGUGCCUGCUGUGCGGCGCGGGCCUCGCGCGCGGCGACACGCCCGCCAACUGCUCGUACCCCGACCUGCUGGGCACCUGGCUGCUGCAGGUGGGCGCCCCGCGCGGGCAGCGCCUGGCCAACUGCUCGGCGAUGGGACCACCAGAAAAAAAAGUAGUAGUGCACCUUAAGAAACUGGACACAGCAUAUGAUGAGUUUGGUAAUUCUGGCCAUUUCACCAUCAUCUACAAUCAAGGUUUUGAGAUUGUGCUGAAUGACUACAAGUGGUUUGCCUUUUUUAAGUAUAAAGAAGAGGGCGGCAAGGUCACCAGCUACUGCCAUGAGACGAUGCCUGGGUGGGUCCAUGAUGUGCUGGGCCGUAACUGGGCUUGCUUCACUGGAAGGAAGGUGGACGCUCCCUCUGAGAAAGGGAAUGUGAAUAUGAUACAUCUUCCAACUCUACAGGAAAAGGAGAACUAUUCUAACAGGUUGUACAAAUAUGAUAACAAUUUUGUGAAAACUAUCAAUGCUGUUCAGAAGUCCUGGACUGCAACCACAUACAGGGAGUACGAGACACUUACGCUGAGAGAAAUGAUGCGGAGAGCUGGUGGCCACUGGCAGAGUCACCCAAGGCCCAAACCUGUGCCAUUAACUGCAGAAAUGCAUGCAGAGAAUUUACAGUUGCCAGCAUCUUGGGAUUGGAGAAAUGUUCAUGGUACCAAUUUUGUUAGCCCAGUUCGAAACCAAGGUUCUUGUGGAAGCUGCUACUCAUUUGCUUCUAUGGGCAUGCUCGAAGCUAGAAUUCGCAUACUAACCAAUAACUCUCAGACCCCAAUCUUGAGUCCUCAGGAGAUUGUUUCUUGCAGCCAGUAUGCUCAAGGCUGUGAAGGUGGAUUCCCGUUCCUCAUUGCAGGAAAGUAUGCCCAAGACUUUGGGCUGGUGGAAGAGGACUGCUACCCCUACACAGGUGUUGAUUCCCCGUGCAAACUGAGGGAAAACUGCAUCCGAUACUACACGUCUGAAUACCACUAUGUUGGAGGGUUCUACGGGGGCUGCAAUGAAGCGCUGAUGAAGCUAGAGCUGGUCCGCCAUGGGCCCAUGGCAGUUGCUUUCGAGGUUUAUGAUGACUUCCUCCACUACAAAAAGGGGGUCUACCAGCACACUGGGCUGAGAGACCCUUUCAAUCCCUUUGAGCUAACUAACCACGCUGUUCUGCUGGUGGGCUACGGCACCGACCCCCACACCGGGCUCGAUUACUGGAUUGUUAAGAACAGCUGGGGCACUGCUUGGGGUGAGGAUGGUUACUUCCGGAUCCGCAGAGGAAACGAUGAGUGUGCCAUCGAGAGCAUAGCGAUGGCAGCCACUCCUAUCCCUAAGUUGUAGGGUGUGUCUUCCACCCAACAACCAUCCAUCAUGGAAGAGAACCCAUGUCUUCACAGGCUGGAGACAUAGCAGUUCCUGAAGAGUGCAGACAGAUUCUAAUCAGGAUUUUUGCUCAUAAGAUGAAAACAUCCUUGACUUUAUUACACUUUCCCAUUAAGCCUAUGUUUUUUAAAUAUUAAAUGAAGUUUUUCUGAUGGUGCAGGAAUAAAUUUUUUAAUUAUUCAAUUUCAAACAGAUGCUAUAUAUUUUCAAUGUAUGCGCAAGACUGAUUAUUUUUCAAUUGUAAAAAUAAAAAAUGUGAUUUUUAAAGAUUAUUAAAUGUUAUUUUUAAAGAU